AUGUUCACCACACACACACACACAAGUCUCCAACAACAGCACCACCACCAUGAACUUACAACAGUGGAGACCUUCGUCAUCCACCACGAUGCCCUCAUGCUGCAGCCCGAGGGCGAGGAGGGCCACGCCAUCGGACCAGUGCCACCACAGCUCUGGCUCGCUGACAGCGGUGCCACGGCGCACAUCACCAGCGACGCCUCCCUCCUCACCAACUACAUCGCCGUCACGCAGCACGUCACCGUUGCCAACAGCCAGGCCGUCACGGCCAUUGGCAAGGGCGACGCCGUGCUCCGCGUGACUGGCACAGACGGCGCUCCAGGUACCAUCACGCUCAAGAACGUGCUGCAUGUCCCCGACAUCAAGUACAACCUUCUGGCGCUGAACCUGGUGACUCGCGCGCGUCGUGGUGCUUCCGUCGUCAUUGCUGCGGACGACAGCCGCAUCCAGUUUGCCACAUGGAGCGUGCCUCUGCUGCCGUCCAAGGACACCGGCCACCUCUUCCUCUAUGCCAGCACCACGACCUCCCAACAAGCCACGGCGCUUGCGGGGGAGCUCGUGCACAGCAGCGAUGGGGAAGCCGAGGAUGCUGACGAGGGCGCCUCUGCACACGACGUGCUAGGCCAUCGCAGCAGCGCGGCCGUCGACGCCAUCCGGCAGCAGAUUGCCCAGGCCUCUUCCAAGCACAUCGUCACCUGUGGACCAUGUGCGCUUGGCAAGAGCACGCGGGCCUCCAUCCCAAAGCAGUCUGCUCCACGCAGCGCUGGGCCAUGCCAGCUGCUCUACGCCGACAUCGCCGGUCCGCUGGAGGAGACGUCGCUGCGAGGUGCACGCUACGCGCUGACCUUCAUCGACGACUGCACGCGCUUUGCCUGGACGUUUCUCAUCCGGCACAAGAACGACGUCGGUGCGGCCCUGGAGCAGCUGCGCAAGGACCGCCACGUCGUCAACGCGCUCCGAGGCGCCACGCUGCAGACGGACAGCGACGCCGUCUUCAAGAGUCAGGACUUCACCGACCUGUGCCUGGCCUUCGACAUCAAGCAGCGCUUCUCGCCACCGCACUCGCAGGCCAAGAACGGAUCCGCGGAGCGCACCUUCCGCACCCUGUUUGAGACGGCGCGCACGAUGCUGUUUGCUGCGGACCUGGACAAGCCGUUCUGGGGCUUCGCCGUGCAGCACGCCACGCUGCUGCACAACAUCGCGCCACGCAGGAGCCUCAAGGACAAGUCACCGUUCGAGGCCCUGACUGGGCACGCCUUCGACGUCAGCCUGCUGCGUGUCUUCGGCUCGCCGGCCUACGUGCAUGUGGAGAAGAGCAGCACGCGGCACAAGCUUGACCCACGCUCACGCGUUGGCGUCUACGUCGGCUUCGCUGAGGAGGACCAGGCCCACGUCGUCUGGAUGCCGGACACGCGACGCGUUGUCCACACCAUCCACGCUCGCUUCGGCGCCAUCAAGAACAAGGACGUCGCCUCCUCUCAGCAGCAGCAAGAGCAGGACAACAGCGGUGCCUCUGCUUCGCAUGCCAACAAGACCGCUCAGCGUUCAACCGAGGACAGUGCCACCGGCGCUCCCACUGCACCACGUGCGGGGGAGCCGCAGCUCCAGCCACGCGCCCUUGGCGGCUCCGUCUGGGACCAGCUGCUGUUGUCCGAGACCCUCGGUGACAAGGACACCCCUGGUGGCUCAACCACCACGUGUCACGUUGCCACCAGCGCUGCUGGUACGGGGGAGAAGACAUCAGCAGUGGGUGGUCAUCUACCAGACAUCGCUGCUGGCAGUGUUGCCACGUCAGCUGAGCCAGCCACCGUCAAGGAGGCGCUUGCCUCGCCAGACUCUGAGGAGUGGCGCCAAGCCAUCCUGGACGAGUUUGCGGCAAUGCAGGCCAAUGACGUCUACGACGUCGUGCCUCGCGCUGACCUUCCCAAGGGCCACAAGCUGCUCCGCAGCAUGGUCAUCUUCCGGAGGAGCGCGAUGACCAGGCAGAUGAAGGACCUGGGCAGCCCAGACAUAUGUCUCGGCAUCAAGGUGCAGCACGACCGCAAGGCCAGGACCGUCACCAUGAGCCAGGAGCACUACCUGCGCAACGUGCUGGAGACCUUCGGCAUGGCUGACUGCAAGCCCGUCGGCACGCCGCUCUGCACGGGCUACGUCGACAAGCCAGCCGACAAGGAGGAGCCACUCCCGGACGUGCCGUUCCGCGAGCUGCUUGGCUCCCUCCUCUAUGCUGCGACGAUGACGCGCCCAGACAUCUCGGCGGCUGUCUCCAUCCUGUCUCGCCGCAUGCAGCACUUCGGCAUGGACCACUGGAAGGCUGCCAAGCACCUUCUUCGCUACAUCAAGGGCACCUUGUCCUACAUCAUCAAGUACGCCGCCACUGACGACGCCAGCAACGGCAGCACCGCCGACGGCGUGCUCUCAGCGUACUCGGAUGCGUCGUUCGCCUCCGACGUUGACACGCGACGUUCCCGCACGGGCUUCGUCGUCUUCUGUUCCACGGGCCCCGUGUCCUGGAACUCCAAGCUGCAGGCCACCGUGGCCACAGCCUCCGCCGACGCGGAGUACAUGGCUCUCGCAGCCACCGCACAGGAACUCAUGUUCCUUCGCCAACUCCAGGAGGAGCUCACCGGCGCCGUCCUGUGCGAGCCCACGCUCGUCCACACGGACAACCAGCCGGCGCAGCGCGUUGCCGAACACGCCGCCUCGCGCAUGCGGCACAUCCUCGUCAAGUACCACUACAUCCGUGAGUGCGUCGACACCAAGAGGAUUGUGCUGGGCUACCUCGCCACGGAGCACAUGAUCGCAGAUCUCCUCACGAAGAUCCUCCCUCGGCCCAAGACGGCUCAGUUCUGCACGAUGCUGUUCGACCAGCGUCCUCUGCCAGGCUGCCAGCCACGGGCCCGUCCUCAUUCGGGCCGGUCGCCACGUCCUUCGACUCCGCGUCAGGACCUCUGA